UCCCCUGCUGCCUGAGAUCGGUUGGACAUUUGAAAUACAAAACAACAGCCGCGUUUCGGGUUUUUACACUUACAACUUUCGCAGGAUUAUACGAUUAAUUGCGAGGCACCUGUGAACAUUUGCAAACUGACACGCCACAGUGCUCUACGAGUCGAACUGAGAAACACUAACGGCAGUAUUUUCUCUCCUCGUAAGCAGCCACAGACUCUCGCAACACGUGAGGUUCCCGCUGAGCAAAGGAAGGAAGGGGGACAGGGACAACGGCAAAGACAAAACACACCAAGAGAAUACAAGGAGAAAUGUUCAGAACGAUCACCCGUCUGUUUUUUGGGGGAGAGGAGGAGACCCCAGAAGAAGUCAAGCCUGGAGAAGUUUUGGAGGAAGGGUGGCUUGUUGUCAGUCAUCAAGAGACAAGUUCGUCAGAGAACCAGGACGCAGAGCUGACUGACACCCAACCAUUAAACUCUGCUCCUCAUGGAGACAUAGUUGUAAACAUGGAAACUGAUACAAGCCUGUCAGAUCCAGAGCCCACAGUUCAAAGCAGCAACACCACCAGCCCAGCCAUCUUUUCUCAGCCUAAAGCCCCGGCAGAGGUGGCACAGUUGACCUGCAUCCAGAAAGCUAAGGCCUGGGCAGACCGACACCACAUGUCCCGUAACGCCAUCCAGCGCCAGAACCGUGUUCGCCACGGAGUCCAACACCACUCCUUCCACCUCCAACAGCCAGGGCACCGCAACCUCAGCCACUGAAGCUCUGGUUGUAAACCAGGAAAUAAUCUUUCAGCGUACAUCAUACACAUUAAACAAAUACUGUAAGACACACAUCCACACACAGCUCAGAGUUGACAGAAAAAGCAUCAUUGCAUCUGUUUUUAGACAUCUUCAGUUUUGUGCAGAUUUAAGCUAUACAUCUAAUCCGGAUGAAACCCAUUAUAACACUUGAAAACUGUUACCAAGUAAUAGGCCUCUACAUUAUAUCCUGUACUGUUUAUGAAUUUGGAAUGAAGGUGUUCACUUCAUGAAAUGAGAAACACUAUGUUUUCAUAUUUUUGUGCAUGUGAGUUUGAAAUGCAAAAUGCAUCCUCAAACAUUUUGACAAAGUGAUGUGAUUUGUGUAUUGACAUGCGUUUACCCAUACGAACUUGGUUUAAAACCUCUUUAUACAGCAAUAAAAAGUAUGACUUUGCAGCUUGUGCUUUAUUCAUUAGUCAAAUCAUAAAGUCCAAAUGGUAUUGAACCACUCACAGUUUGACAGGUGCAAACAUUGAGAUCUCAUUGGUUGGGAGUCGGCUGAUGGCUCAUCACCCAGUGAACCCAGUGGCUCAUCACCCAUCACCUGUGACUUGGAUAAAAACCAUGAUCACAGCCAUCUCCCAAAAGAGAUCCCUCUAAAAGAGAUGGCCUCAGGUAGCCCGAAUCUGUUACGCCACAGCCUGUCCAACUUCAAAGAGACAGACAAGGACUGCUCCAGGCAGGACAGCCUCAUGCCUCUGUGCGUCGUAUCUAUCAUCUUUGCCAUUGGAGUGACCGUUGCUUUGAUCCUGCAUUUUUAUCUGUGGGAAAGUUUGGUGUUUGUUAAAGGUGUGUUGGUGUCGGAUCACGAGCGCUGCAGUGCACUUGGUCAAAAAGUCCUUCAUGAUCAUGGAUCGAGUGUGGAUGCGGCCAUCGCUGCCACCCUGUGUUUGGGUGUUCUGCAUCCACACGUGUCAGGUAUCGGUGGAGUUGGGGUGAUGCUGGUUCAUGACAUCCAUAAGAAUGAAACCAAAGUGAUAAAUUUUCAGGGGACUGCACCUAAAGCACUUACAGAGGAGAUGCUGCAAAAUGUUUUAGAGCUUGAGGCAGGUCUACAAGUAGGAGUGCCCGUGUUUCGUUUUCAAAGUUUCAAACACGUUUUACCACAAAAUUACUGCAGUCUAUCAUGGGAAGAUGUGGUCACCAGAGCCGCUGCUGUUGCCAAGGAAGGUUUCAAUGUGUCUCUCAGUCUGGCUGAGGCUAUAUCGAAGGUAAAAGGUGAGCAGCUACCGCAACGUUUCAGGGGCGUUUUCUUCCCAGGUGGCCAAGCUCUGCGUCCUGGUUCAUUUCUGAGGAUGCCCCUUCUGGCAGGAGUCCUGGAGGCUGGUCUGUCAAACUUUUAUGAUGGGAACUUCUCACAAGAGAUAGUAGACGAGGUGCGGACACAUGGAGGGGUCUUGAGCAAAGAAGACCUCUGUAACUACACUGUAGAAGUUGAGCAACCAGUGGAAGGCCUGUAUAAUGAGUUUAUCAUUCAAGUUCCCCCUCCCCCGUCUACCGGUGCUGCAUUGAUAUCAGCUUUCAAUUUGUUAGAGGGCCUCCGUCUCAAUAAGAACAAUAACACAGAAAACCAAACAUACCAUUGGAUUGCUGAGGCCCUGAAAGGAGCUUUAGCUUUGGCCAGUGGUUUGGGCGACCCUAAAUAUAACUCUUCAGUGACUGAGCUGCUCUCUGACAUACUGAGUAAGAAUAAUGCUGAAGUGCUUCGCCAGAGGUUAAGCUACUCCGGUAAAACUCCACCCAAGCACUACUCUGCUAUUCAAUCCCUCCAGCCUGAGCCGCAGGCUGGACAAGUAAUAGUCAUGGGAUCAGAUGACCUCAUGGUGUCAGUGGCAAGUUCCUUGAGCAGGCCGUUUGGGAGCAGACUCAUAACUCGGUCAGGUGUUGUUCUCAACAGCCUAAUCUUUGACUUCUCCUGGCCAAAUAAAACCAGAGGGCAAUUCCAAACCAACCAGAGAAAUGGAGUCCAGGCAGGAAAGAGGCCCCUGUCAUCUCUCAUGCCCACAAUAGUGGUGCCAGCCUGGCAUAAAUGUGGGAUCUACAUGGCACUAGGCAGCUCAGGUGGACACAAGAGUUUCAGUGCGAUCACCCAGGUGUUGAUGAAUGCACUGUCCAACCCUAAAGAGAAAAACGACACCCUCUCCCUGAGAAGAAACAGACUUCUUGAUGACUCUGAGUUUCCAGAAGAGAGUGUGCAGUCUGUGCGUCAAAAGGGCCAUGUAGUUCAAAGAGUGAAGACAAACUCUGUUGUCCAGGGGAUCCUGAGGAACAAAGAUACCAUUAAGGCUAUAGCAUUACCUCAGUUAUCUGAUGGUUUAUCAUAGUUUUAUAGUUCUCAUGAAACAUAUUGUCCAAAAGACAUAUUCUGUAGUAUCUGGAUAAGCUGUUGUUGCACUGAAUGAUUUAAGUUUAUGGCUGUUGUUCUCCAAUGUUUGAUGCACUUCUGUUACUUUGAUCACCAGUCUACAGAGGGCAAUCCUCCAACAAAUACUUUCUAUUAAAGAAGGCACGCUUGUCUAUUCA